AUGUUUGGAAUAUUUUUUCUACUUCUGACUUUGAUCAUACAAUCAUGCAUUUUGAGUUUCGAAUUGUCUGGAAUCUAUUUGUACACUUUUGGACAGCCACGAGUCUGGGAUUAUGCAACAGCUCAAGUGUUCAAUGAUUGGGUUCCCCAUGCGUGGCGAGUCGUUCACUACUCUGAUCCGAUUCCCCAUGGACCAUCAUUAAAUGGCAAAGAACAAGGGAAACCAUAUCAUCAUGCACAGGAGAUUUGGUAUAACGACAAUUUCACAACCUAUUCUCAAUGUUCAAAAGAUGAUGGAGAGGAUUUAAACUGUAGCGAUAAGCUCAAUAACUUCAAGUUUGUCACCGAUGUGGUGAACAAGGAUCAUUUGCAUUACUUUGGUGUCCAAGUGAUUGACUACGGAGCUGCUGGAUGUACAACCAACAUUGUUCAUGCCUACAAACUUUUCAGUUCUUUAACUUUUGUCCUUCUACAACUGUUUGUUUUCGCG